AUGGCUUCGCUCGGCUCAAUGAACAUUGUUACUUUGACCUUUUGUGUCAUAAUUUUAACAACUUGUAAUCAUCAAGCCCAUGCUUCGAGUCGUGUUUUUCUUAAUAAGAAAAACGAUAAAUCUCCGAUACAAGGUUUAUGCGCUUCUUCGGUCACUAUCCAUGGCUUCAAAUGUGAAGAACACGAAGUUAUAACCAAAGAUGGAUACAUUCUUAGCAUUCAAAGGAUUCCAGAAGGUCGAUCUGAGGCUAAGAGCAAUGUGACUAAGAAGAAGGAACCAGUGAUAGUACAACAUGGAGUUUUUGUGGAUGGAGCAACAUGGUUUUUGAACAGUCCAAAGCAAAACCUUCCUAUGAUUCUUGCUAAUAAUGGCUUUGAUGUAUGGAUUCCUAAUACAAGAGGAACCAAAUUUAGUCGCAAACAUACCUCCCUAGACCCCUCUAACAAGACAUACUGGGAUUGGUCUUGGGAUGAAUUGGUUACAUAUGAAAUGCCUGCAAUUUUUGAUUUUAUUUCCAAGCAAACAGGAGGACAGAAGAUACAUUAUGUUGGCCAUUCUUUGGGGACUUUGACAGCUUUAGCAUCCUUGGCAGAAGGUAAAUGGGAAAAUCAGGUUAAAUCAGUAGCAUUGUUGAGUCCUGUUGCAUAUUUGAGCCAAAUGAAAUCUAUACUUGGACAAAUUGCUGCAAGAUCCUUACUCUCUAAGGUAUAUAACCUAAUCAAUAGCACUAAUUAUUCUCGGACUUUUUACGGUCUUACUAUUGUUGACUUCAUCAAGGGUAUUUGUGCUCAUCCUGGAGUAAACUGCAAUGAAUUAUUUACUGCACUAACAGGUGAAAAUUGUUGCUUAGCCCCUUCAGCUUUUAAUCAAUUCAUGGAGGUUGGACCACAAUCAACAUCAGCAAGGAACAUGUUUCAUUUAGCUCAAAAUGUUCAAAGUGGUGUCUUGACGAAAUUCGACUUUAUGUCGCCACACUUAAACUUCUGGCAUUAUGGACGACCAACACCUCCAGUCUACAACCUCUCAAACAUUCCUAAAAAUGUACCAAUUUUCAUGAGCUAUGGCGGUCGCGACGCGCUUUCCGAUGUUGCUGAUGUUAAGAGAUUACUUAAUCAACACUUUCAGAAUCAUGAAGCAGACAAGCUUAGUGUUCAAUUCAUUGAUAACUAUGCUCAUGCUGACUACGCGUUUGGUGUGAAUGCCAAUGACUUGGUGUACAAUAAUGUUACAUCAUUUUUUAAACGUCAAUGGUGAUACUUGAAUAAUUAGGGUGCUUAAGACGAGGUUAUAGCUUUUUUUUUUUUUUAUGUUAAUCCUUUAGUUCCUAGGGGAAAGGGAUCUUAAUAAUUUGGAGU